GUAACCACAACCACGGGCUGAUUGCCCAAGGAAAAGUUCUGCUCUACCAAUUUCCCUAUUUCUGCUCUGCUCUUCCAUUUUGGUUGCCCAUAACUGCGACAGCGGGCGUGUCUUCUUCACUGCCUCGGCAGCGGUGCUGGUCGUCGUCUCCACCGCAUUCAAGGAGGGAGCUAUUUUCACCGUCACAGAAACACGGAAUUUCCUCAUGUCCACAUCGGAGCAAGCCCUUGUUACUUUACUCUCUCGUUUUGCUUUAUCGUUUGAUGGAGCCGUUUUAGGCGCUGCCCUAGCUUAUGCUACCGUCCGUACCGUCCUUAAACUUACUGCUUCUUGCUCCGCUCUCAAUGAGCUCCGUAAAGCUCCUUAUGUUACUGUUUCCGAUCUUCGUCAUAUCGUUUCCGACGGAGUUUCGGAACAAUCCGAGUCUGAUCGGAAGCUUGUUGUUGUUCGUGGCACCGUGGAGACUAGGUCGUCUGUGGAAGGUAAUAGGAAGAGCUUACAGCCUAAUGUUUUGAUUUCUCAGGAGUCUGGAGAUAGAGCGGUGAUUAUUCAGCGAACUCAAGUGUGCAUAUUCAACGAAUGGAAAGGCUUUUUCGGAUGGACUUCUGACUUGCGUGCAAUUUUUGGAAGAACCUUUAGAAAGCAAGAGUCAACAUCAUUUAGAACGGUUCCUUUUGUUCUUCUUGAGGGUCAUUCAACAUACUCUGAUUUUGUUGUUGUUAACAUGGAAGGCUCAAGACAUCCCUUACCUCUUACAACUGUGUAUCAUCAACUGCAGCCCGUUUGUGCUACUCCUUAUACCUUCCUUCAAGCAGUUUUUGGUCACGAGUAUCCUGUUGGGGUGCUUGAUGAGGAGAAAAUACUUCCAUUAGGAAAAAAUAUCAGUGCUGUUGGUAUAUGCAGUUUUGAAAAUGGAGUUCCUGUCAUAAAGUCUUGCAGUGAUUUUCCCCAUUUCCUAUGUGAAAUGACUAAGGAUCAGAUGAUUUUAGAUCUAGUCUUUAAAACAAAAUUUCUAUUUUGGAGUAGUAUUGUCCUUGGUUCAUUGACAGUUGGCAUUCUUGGUUAUUCUGCUGCGAGAAAUUGGAAUAGAUGGAAACAAUGGAGGCAACAUAGACAGUUACAGAAUUCAAGGAAUGAUUCCCCCACGUCACAACUGGAUUCAAGCAAUGACAUUCCUAUUUACGGUGAUUUUGCUUCAGACGACGAGGCAGCAACUGUUCCAGACGAUGAGUUAUCAUCACACGUUCCAGACGAUGAGUUAUCAUCACACGUUCCAGACGAUGAGUUAUCAUCACACGUUCCAGAUGGACAAUUGUGUGUGAUCUGUCUCAUGAGGAGAAAACGAUCUGCUUUCAUUCCAUGCGGUCAUCUAGUUUGUUGCGAACGAUGUGCUGUGUCAGUCGAACGUGAGUCAUCUCCCAAAUGUCCCAUUUGCCGCCAACAAAUUCGUAGUUCUGUACGGAUUUACGAUUCGUGAAGAGACAAAUCAUCUUUUCAGGUUCUAACUACGACAAAUCCCGUUUUGCUGAUAUUAUACUGUUUUGAGAUUUCAUAUAAAUGCCAAUCUCUUCCACAAGAUAGCAGAUGUGAAGUUUGUUUUUCCUCAUCUACUUGUAACUUUUUAUCCCCACAUUUUGAUGAGAGGGAUUGUUCUUUAAAGUUUGUAAAGCCAGAUUUGAAGUAAUGGCUCUUGUAAAUAUCAGAUAGCAUAUACUCUUUUGAUAUGUGACAUGAAAAAAAUGAAACUUUAUUAUUGGCUCCGUUAUGUAUAGGUGUAUUGCUCGGAUUGACUUUCCAAAUGGUUUAGAAAAAUAAAUAUGAUUGGUUUUUUAUGUC